CAAGGUCAGUAUAUCUUUGAGUAUUCAUGGGAAGACUUCCUGAAAAAGGCAUAAUAUAGCCAGUCUUUAGGUGACUCCUCCAUACUGAGGAUCAAAAGUAAGAAAAAAUAGAGUAAAGAGACAUUGAUCUUGGAACUGCAAAAGUGGUUUGUGCUCUCUGGUGUGGCAAUCUAUGCUAAACACUAUAAUCCAGCAAAGGAAAAGACAUGCAGGAUGAAGAUGGAUAUAUCACAUUAAAUUUUAAAUCAAGAACAACAGCUGUGCCUUCAGAAUUUGCAGUUGAAUCUGCUGCUUCUCCUGUGUGGCGUCCAAUGGCUUUAACACUGCUGUUCCUGUGCCUAGGGAUGGCAGCUGGUCUGGUGACACUAGGAAUAAUGUCCCCUGGAGUCUUCAUACAACAAGAUAACUUUCACAUGAAAAUUGGAAACCUCUCAGAGAUUCUCCAGAAAGUAGCAAGAAACUUCUGUAAAGAGUUGAUUCAAAAGUCUGUGGGUCACAAAUGUAAUCCCUGUGACAUCAACUGGAGAUAUCAUGGAGACAAGUGUUAUGGUUUCUUCAGGCACAAUCUGACGUGGACAGAGAGUAAACAAUACUGUGCUAAAAGGAAUGCCACUCUUCCCAACAUACUCAGCAAGGAUGUUUUGGAUUUCAUCACAUCAAGAAUUUCUUCUUCUCGAUGGAUUGGACUGUCCCGAAACUCUAAUGGGAUCUGGGUUUGGGAAGAUGGUUCACCUCUCUCUAAAGAUGUGUUUGAACUUUUAGGAAAUGGAGAAAAUCAGAAUUGUGCCUAUUUUCAUAGGGGAAAAAUUUAUACUUCAGUUUGUGAAGACAUACACUAUUUAAUGUGUGAGCAGAACAAGCCAGUGAGAAUAGACCAACUGAUUUAAAGUAUUGGAAAGACAGAAAAUGAAUGAUUUGUCAAGGGGAAGUAGCUUAUAGAUGUGGCAAGUAAGAAAAUGAAAAAGAAAAGACUUUACUCUCUUGCUUUAACACAUGUGUGCGCACACACACACACACACACACACACACACUCUUUUUUAUCAUCUUCCUGCACCCAUACAUACCCUAACUUCAGCCUGCUUUCCCAAAUUGUUGGCUUUUGUUUUGUUUUGUUUUUGCACAUAAGCCCUUUUUUCACUUGUUAACUUUUAUUGUGUCAAAAUUGAAUGUUCCUCAUUACUUUCUCAGCCAAAGUCAUAUGUAAAUAAAUUAGAGCAGGAAUUGCUGGUGUCCUGUGGAUUAAGGACUUGACCAGAUUCAGAACACUUCCAGAAGAAUACCAAAAUUAUUCCCACAAAGUCUCCUAAGGAAAACAACUUUGGAAGACAACAGAAUACUAAUCAACUUCAAUUGAAACUUCAGAAGAAAUCUAAUGAUGAAGCAGCAUGCUGUCUAUUGACAGAAAGGGGAUAGACUGAAAAUAAAGAAUGAGAUACAUA